AUGUCUUUCCCGUCCGAUGUGAAAGACAUCGGCGAUUGGACAGUGAUCUUUGAUGAGCCAAAUGACGAUGACAACAAUGAGAAAAAAGAAGAAAGACUGUCCGACAGGAGGCGGACUCUCGCUCGAACGUUGUCAAUACCGAAGAGCAUGUGUAUAUUGUCGGAAAACAAGACGGAAGUAUCAGCAGUAACCUCCGAGCUGGUCUCGCCGAGAUUGCAACUGCCUCGAUUAGGCACAGACUCUUCCGAGAGAGUCUUCCCGGUCCGCUCGGCUGUCUCGCUGGAUUCGACGCCCUCGUCUGCCUUACAGACCCCUUCCUUUGAUAGGCUCGAAACACCAAUAUCUCCUUUUUCGGACACAUGGACUGCAUGGCCUGCGGGUGAACCACCGGGCUUUCAGCAGAAGAAUACACUUGGAAACGAUGUCAAUUCUGAGAAAGUGGACCAGGCAAGACCUGAUUAUUUGGCUGCAUUGCAUCAAAGCAGUGGCGGGAGCGAGGUCUCAAUGGUGCCCAAGGAUGAAACUACUGCCAGUCCUGAUCCUGUUCUUGCGCAGUUGCGUAACACCGUGCAAAAUGGUGGAGAGAUACUCGGUUUCCGCGGCUUGAAGAAGGGGUCGCAAUAUCUGCAAGAGGAUGACGAUGGAAAUCUCAUUCAAUCUUCUGGUGCACUGGUUGUGAUCACCGAGUCCGGUGGUGAGUUGGGGGUGCAAAUAGCCAGCAGCAACUGUCAGGAAAUCAUCGGGCGUUCUCCGGAUGAACUCUUUGCUCUCCAGACAUUCGGUGAUAUACUUCCUGUCUCGCUCCGGAGCAGCUUCCUUGCUCACGCUAAAUUUAUUUUGAGCGAAGACUACACCGUCGAACACUCCGGCCCUGAGAUUUUUCUCUUGUCCGUGUUAUUGUCUGACGGGGAUGCUCGGAGCUUGUGGUGUACCAUGCACACCAACAAUCUUCACAAGGGAUAUGUUUUCUGCGAGUUCCAGCCCGAGGUUCGAGACACGGAGAGCAAAGCCGACUUUGAGAAUUCUAAGGGUGAAACCACAACAUCAGAAAAGCGAACCUUGGACAUAACAUCUGGGGCAUUUUUCGAGCAUGACGGCCGUUCAAAGAAGCAACACGAACCAAGUCCCAGGAGUAUGGGAGGCCCAACAGAAAAACAGACGCUGGAUAUGACCUCGGGGGCAUUCUUUGAGGAUGAAAGUCCCCCAUCGAAGACUUUUGACAGAUGUACAGCCGAUCUGCCAGAUUCAACCGAACUCUUGAACAGCAUCCCUCGGAUUCUCCAGCAACUUGCAAGCGCUCAGACACUCGAAGUGCUUGUUAAACAUUCCAUCAACACUUUGCAAGAUCUUAUCAAGUUUGACAGAACAACGGUGUAUCAUUUCGACAGUGAUCGUAAUGGCAUCGUGGUUGCAGAUGAGAUUGACCAAUCGUCAGGCUCAACCUCUUAUGAAAACAUGAAGUUCCCGGAAUCAACCUUCCCAGAAGCAUUGAAAAGAGCAUACGCGCACAACACUGUCUGCUUCUCUUGCGCUGGCAAUAAAGGCACUGCAAGGCUCGUUUAUCGAUCUUCGGCCGACCAUACGCCACUCGACAUGUCAAAUACCUACCUCUCUUCACCCCCUGGGCUCUCAACGACACAUACAGACAAUCCCGUCGAGGCGUGUUUGUCAAUCCAAAUAACUGUGUUUGGCAAGCUUUGGGGACUGAUAUCAUGUCAGUCCUACAAGAGCCGCCAAACGCUUCACCCGCUCAUCCAAAAGAUGUGCUGGAUUAUAGCUGGGGCAGUGUCGAGCAACAUUGAGCGGCUGUCCUACACUUUGCCGUUUCAGUUGCGAGAGACAAAAAUGCCCGUAACCCCAGCUAGCACAUCACAGGUCAUCCAAACUCCAACUGGCGAUUUGCUCAGUCUGUUUGGAGCAGACUACGCCGCGGCGUCAAUCAUGGGGGAGGCUAGAGUUUUGGGAAAGCCGACAGAUUCCCAGGAAGUUCUGGCGUUAUUCGAAUACAUGAAAGCCAAAGAGAAUGACACUGUGUUCUGGUCGACCGACAUCGCUGCUGAUUUUGGGGAUUUGAACUACUCGCGCGGCUUCCACCAUCUUUCUGGCUUGCUUCACGUCCCGCUUUCGGUGGAUGGGCACGACUUCAUUAUCUUUUUCAAAGCCAACUCGGAAGAUCCGAGCAUAUCGUCUGAUUUGGAGAGAUCGAAUGACCAGUGGACCUCGUCAGACUUUAGCAAGGCUUCUGUUCUUUCCUUGCUAUAUCGCACUUUCACGGAUAUUUGGCAGGAGAAGGAGACCACAAUGCAAAACAACCAAUUGAUGAGGCUUUUGCUCGCCAACUCCGCGCACGAGUUCAGAACACCUCUCAAUGCCAUCAUCAACUACUUGGAAAUUGCUCUCGAUGGUUCUCUGGAUCAAGAUACACGAGACCACAUUUCUAGGUCGCACUCGGCAUCGAAGUCAUUGGUAUAUAUCAUCAACGACCUUCUAGAUCUUACGAAUGCCGAGAACGGACAGGCCUUGAUAAAAGACGAGGCUUUCAAUCUGUCGGAGACCCUGACUGAAGCAACAGAUAUCUUCUGGGAAGAAGCAAGACAGAAGCAUAUCGAUCUUCAGGUGGUUCAACAUGCAGUUCUGCCUCCUGUUCUCGGUGAUCAACGACGAGUACGUCAAGUCAUUACCAACUUGAUCAGCAAUGCUGUGCAGCACACGUCUGCUGGUGCAGUGACAAUCGAGUCAUGCGUCAUACCCGGGCCGAUAUUACCUGGUCAUAUUUCCGUGGAAAUAGCGAUGCAUGACACCGGCUGUGGAAUGUCCCAAGAGACGGUCGAGACCUUGUUCUGUGAACUGGAACAAGUCUCCAACAAAGGAUAUAUGCGACCCCCAAAGUCCUACGAACAAAACACAACUGGCCAAGCAGUGGAGAAAAGAAGCGUGCUUGGUCUAGGUCUCGCGCUGGUUGCCCGGAUCGUCCGCAACAUGAAUGGACAGCUAAGCCUGAAAUCCGAAGAAGGCAAGGGCAGCUGCUUCAAGAUCAGACUUGAGUUCCCUCUUCCAAACGAAGACAGCCCUCAAACGCAGAAUGCAGGUACUGCUUCAACAGAAGAUGAAAGCAAACAAGAGUUAAGGCAAGAUCAUUUAUCCCCAAACUGCACAGCGAACAAAAGGGAAGAUACCAUACCCUGUGAAUGUGGUCAAACACCCGAAUUCGCGUCAGGACAGACAACCACGAACGUCGACAUCAGCUUGAAACCAAGUCAAACAACAAACUUCCCUCCAUCCGACCAACAGUCCAAACAGUCCAAACCCAAACGACCAGCCAAACAACCGGAUGAACCAAUCCCUUCGCCAUCAAGCAUACCACUCCCAAUAGCACCACCUGACAACCAACACACCGUGGACAACCAACACACCGCGGACAACCAACACACCGCGGACAACCAACACACCGCGGAACCAAGCAGAAUGGACUGGAACCUCCACAUCCUCGUUGCAGAAGACGACCCCAUCAACAGCGCCAUCCUUCAAAAACGCCUCGUGAAAUUCGGACAUACGGUGCACAUGACGACGAACGGAAAAGAAUGCGUAACAGCCUACAAGGCGGAUCCCAGUCAUUUCAAUGCUAUUCUGAUGGAUCUACAAAUGCCCAUCGUCGACGGCCUAGCUGCAACAAAGAUGAUACGCGAGUACGAGCAGGAGGAACUAGCCAGUGAGACGGGGCCUGGAUCCCGCAUUCCUAUUUUCGCGGUCUCGGCUUCCCUGCUUGAAGAGAAUCGGCUGGUCUAUAUGGACUCGGGGUUUGAUGGGUGGGUUAUGAAGCCGAUUGAUUUUCAGAGGGUGGAUCGGUUGCUUGGGGGUGUUAGGCUGCAGUGGGUGAGGAAGGAGACUGCUUAUCAGGAUGGGAUGUGGGAGGAGGGUGGGUGGUUUGAGGCUUAG